CAACAAUCAACAUUUAUAUAUGAUCCUGAACUUGAUUUACGUGAAGAACAUAUUACACUUAUAUCAAAACAUUUAUUAACAACAUUACGUGAAAGUAAAAUAAAACAUUUAUCAUGUAAUAAUUUAUUUCUUCCAUGUAAUCAUAUACGAAAUAUUGCUCAACAAUGUUUAAUUAUGUCAGCUGAAGAACCAUUUGGUAUUAUGGGUGCACAAAUUAAAAUUAAAUUAACAUUAUCAUCAUCAUCAUCAUCAAAUAUGAAAUCAACAAUAGUAAAAUAUUUACCUAUAAUAAGAAUAAAUCCAAAACAAAAAACAAUAUUUGAAAUUGAAAUAGAUUUACAUGAAGAUACAAAAGUAUUUACAUUAAGAAGAUUUUUACCUGAUAUAAAAUUAUUUAAAUCAUUUAAAGAAAAAAGUUCAUUAUAUGUAAGUCCCCGGUGUUUACUUGUUAAAAAUGUUUUUUAUAAAACAGCUGAACCAAAACGAGCUAUUGUUGAUACAUAA